AUGAAUCAAAAGUUUCCACUUCUGACGACCAGCAUCCAGAAUAUCAGAGAAGACAACUUCAUCUGCGCCAACUAUGUUGACGGAGACGAUAUAGUCCUUAUCGGCUUCCCUCGGGGGGCAUUCACUGCGCGCUCUGUUGCCAACAUGAUUGCAACAGUCAGCUUACUGACGCCAUCGGGGCUAGGCCACUUCUACGCGGUGUUCGAAGAUUAUGAGAGCAUGACUGACGUGAAUCGCGAUCUCACUCUCUUCCUGGAUCCCCAGGUUCUGCCAUAUGACGGCGAGAAAGUAAAAGCCAAGCGCGGGUGGGAAAAGAAGCGAAAGCUGCAGUAUGAGGAGUGGCUUACAAAGAAUGGCUACACUAGACACAAAUACCAAGAUGGUACGACGGAGAUCAAAAUCAAGGCGAUCGGUGUCUGUAUUCUGUUGGAACACCGGGCAUCUCCCCAGCGCCAGUCAUCGGUUUAUGCUGAUCCUCCAAACAAUAAAUUACCCAUCUACUAA